UCACGUGGCGGCGCGCCUUCAGUUUCGUUCACACUGCCACCGAGAUCACAGCAUUCACUGCCACAGUCGAUUUACUGAAUGUCAAGUGCACGCGCUCCUCUGAAUCGAUAAAAACUGUGCACUGCCAACGUCUUAAUUGUUUCUUAUUCAUUGGUCUUCAACUCAAUAGCCAAUAAUAAUAUUUUAGUUGUCCUUACUUAACUUUUAGGGCUCGAGUUAAUUAUCUUGUGCGGUUUUAUUGAUAUUUAAUGUGAUAUUAGUGACGCUCUAAUCAUGGUACAAAAACGUACCAAAGUCUUACAAGUGGGCUUUUUAUGUUUGUAUACUAUCCAACUGUUGUUCACACAAAAUACAGCAGACGAAAUCAGCUCUAAGACUGGCGCUGAAUUCCUUCAUAAUAUCAUUAGCAAUUUGCAUAGAUCACCUCAUCAUAAGCACAAGUUGACCAGGCCAACUAUAGUGACAGCUAAGGAUAGGAUAGACGUUGAAGAGUACAUACCUGGAGAUUUUCAACAGUCUAAUCCACGAGUUGAAGAUUUAAACAUAUUAUCAAAGAUACCUCAAAAUAUUAACAGUUAUUUACCAAAAGAUACAAAUCCCAUCGUAAGUGAAUCACAAGUGCUACCAUAUAAUACUUUGCAAACCUUUCCUCAGCAACAAUUACUUCAAAAUGAUGAGGCUAGUUUACAAAAUGGAUUAAGUUUUCAGCAAGGUGCUGUGCCAUUACAAAUAAACCAAUUCCCACAAGCCAAUAACGAAUUCACCAGCAAUUUAGUUCAAUCGCUAACUGCUGGAAAUGGUGCUCAACAAGAAGGUACUGUACCAGGAUACUAUUAUUAUUUUGUUCCAUUGAACAAGGAUAAUCCCAAUGCGUUGUUGAACCAGGGUGACCAGUUUCAGGCGAACCAAAAUUUUAACUCCAACCCGAAUGAUUUACAACAGUUAUUCCAAGAUACCCAACAGUCUCAAGUUUCUAAACCCUUUGUGGACCCUUUGUUUAAAGCUAUGGCUGGAUUUGUGGGUGUAGCUGUAGUGUUUCUUAGUGCUAUGAUAUUUAUACCACAUUUUGGACCAUUGCUUCAUAAAAAAUCAGUAUUGAAAAGAGCACCAGAAGAAAUUGCUACAAUUACCAAACUGGUAGCUGAAUCGAUCGAUGGCAAAGAUUGCAGCGAACGAAUUGCCUGCGAGGUUGGCCGAGCAAUGCGGUCAUUGCAAGUUGGGCCUAAACCAAUCAAAUUAAUGGAAAUAAUGUUACCGCCUGGAAUUGCAAAACAACUAGCUCAAAUAAGACGAUCUUCAUUGAAAAAAGAAGAAUGUCAUUUCAUCACAUGUAAAAAGACUGAUAAUAUUAUUAAACUAGUGGCAAAAUUAAAAAAUACUAAUUACAGUAGUAAUAAAUUAUUAAAGUUGUCAUAAUAAUUACUGAUUAUAAAAAUAACUAUUUUUUAGUAAUAACAUAAAUUUGUUAUAAGUAAUAUAUUUUUAUAAUACUUAAAGUAUACAUUAGUAGGACUAAUCAUUAAAUUUAAAAGGGAUAGUUUUUGCUGGAGUUACAUUGGUUCAACAAUUUGAAAUGUUGCACCCAUGUGAACUAGCUAAAACACUUUUUAAUAGAAAUGUUUCUAUUUUUAAGUAUUAUUACUGAAUGUAUACAUUGGUUGAAUUGCAUAAAGUCAAUAAUUAUAAUUAUUUAGAAUUUAUUUUAA